AUGACUGCAGCCCUUUCAGUGACCCUGCUCAUUGCCUGCGGUGUUUCUGCAUCAGCUUUGAGGCUGCCCUUCUUCGAUGCCUCUCCAACAGAACAUCACGAACACAGGCGGCACAAUGGCGAGGCGGCUGACGGCUGCAGCACACCCAAGUUGGAGACCAUGCUUCGCACGCUGGGCUCUGAUGCAGACGCCCUCUACCGGCAGCUACUGGCGCACAUGCCUGCGCUGUCAGAAUGGGCGACCAACCUUGUGACCUUCCCACAUGUUCACCCCGACCCGGCUGCUGCGGCGGUUCACCCCAAUCCGGCGGCCGCGGCGGUGGUCGAAGUGGGAGUGUUCAACGGGCAGCAGUGCCUGCAGGCGGCGGAUGCCGGAUUUGCGAGCGUGCUCUGCUUCGAGCCAUCCCCCGCCAACUUCAACAACUCUGCUGCCGCUAUCACCGCCUCCCCGAUGGCUCCAGAGCGCAAGGCGGCAAUCCAGCUCAUCAACAUGGCAGUGUCCGACACAGCCGGUGGCACAAUGGAGUUCCACUCCAAAGGCACAUCCGGGGACUAUGCUGGCAGCAUUAUCGGCGCAGCCUUCCAGCAAGACACUGCAGUUGAUGCACCGAUCAAUGUUGCAACCACCACUCUCGAUGAUUAUCUCCCCGGCCAGCUGCCAAAUUUGGCCGAAGCCGGCCACCGCCAUGGCGGCGCGCAUGGCCGCCAUGUGGCGACGCAGGAGGGCGCCAGCGAUGUGAGGGAGUUAUACAUCGUCAAGAUCGACACCCAGGGGUUUGACGGGGUUGUCAUCGAGGGCAUGAAGGAGCUGCUGCGGCACAAACAGGUGACAUACAUAAUGCUGGAGCUAUGGCCUAAGUCCAUGGCCCUGCCUGGGCGCAAGACCUGCGAGGAGACGCUGCACCUGCUGGCAUCCGCCGGAUACACUCUGCACGACCUGGCCAUCCCAGACUACGCCUGGCAGUACGGGACGGCCAAGACAAAGGAGGAGCUUCUGCGCGCGAGUCUGAGGCGGCCGGACAACAUAGAGGGACUCUGUGGCUGGCUGAUGGAGCACUCCAAUGAGUAUGGGUUCUGGACCGACAUCCUGGCAGUGGCAGACCCCCUCUCGGGCGGCCACGGCUGCCCCGGACACCACAGCAACAGUCCUUGA